UGUGUUACCUGCUGAAGAGCAACAUCAGCCCAGACCUGUGCAAUGAAGAUGGAUUAACUGCACUGCAUCAGUGCUGCAUAGACAACUAUGAAGAGAUAGUCAAGGUUCUCCUCAACCACGGGGCCAAUGUCAACGCAAAGGACAACGAGCUGUGGACUCCAUUGCAUGCAGCAGCUACGUGUGGUCAUAUCAACCUGGUGAAGAUCCUCAUCCAGCAUGGAGCAGACUUGUUGGCAGUGAAUGCAGAUGGCAACAUGCCGUAUGACCUCUGUGAAGAUGAGCCAACUCUGGAUGUCAUUGAGACUUGCAUGGCCUAUCAAGGAAUUACACAGGAAAGGAUCAAUGAGAUGCGAGCUGCUCCAGAGCAGGUGAUGAUCUGUGACAUUCAUGACAUACUUGCGACUGGACAAGACCUGAACAGGACUGAUGCCCAAGGUGCUACGCUGCUGCAUAUAGCUGCAGCCAAUGGUUAUCUGCAUGCAGCUGAAGUCCUUCUUGACCAAGGGGCAAGCCUGGAUGUUAAGGACUGGGAUGGCUGGGAACCUCUUCAUGCUGCUGCUUUCUGGGGACAGAUGCAGAUGGCAGAGUUGCUUGUGUCCCAUGGGGCUAGUUUGAGUGCCAGGACAUCUUUGGAUGAGAUGCCAAUAGAUCUGUGUGAAGAGGAGGAAUUCAAAGUGUUACUUCUGGAGUUGAAACACAAACACGAUGUGAUCAUGAAGUCUCAGAUGAGACAUAAGUCCUCCCUGAGUCGAAGGACCUCCAGCACUGGCAGCCGGGGGAAGGUGGUGAGGAGGGCCAGCCUUUCGGACCGAACAAACCUUUACAGGAAGGAGUGCGAGAAGGAAGCCAUCGUCUGGCAGCAACUGGGGGCAGCAGAAGAAGGAAGAAACUCAGGUCUCAUUGGGGAAAUUGGAGAGACUCGGCCUGACCAGGAGAAUACAGACCCUAAUUCCGUGCUGGAGAAUUCUUCCCUCCUUCCGGAGUUGGCAAACAAAAGCACCCAGUGCGACACUGAAAUCCCCCUCCAGAAUGGACUCAUGGCAACUGCCAGCGCUUACCAGUACAGCUUUUCCAACGGGGACAUCUGGAGCAUGCAUGCUGACCCUGAGAGUAACCCAGGCCAUAUGCUGCCCUAUGGCAACCCUGGGCUCCCCGACACGCAGCAGUUCUGGGGUGCCUACAAGGAGCACAACCACCAAACACUCUCCGAACUUAAGCGGCAGCGAGCUGCAGCCAAGCUCCUCAAUCACCCCUUCCUCAGCACCCACUUCAGCAGUGGCGUCGGAGGAGUUGCUGAGAAUGGGGGUGAGGCCAAGUCGCACCUAAUCGGAUCCAGGACUUCUCCCUACAGCUCCAAUGGGACCUCUGUGUAUUACACAGUGUCCAGUGGUGAUCCACCUCUCUUGAAAUUCAAAGCUCCCAUGGAGGAAAUGGAAGAGAAGGUGCAUGGGUGCUGCAGAAUUUCCUAGUCUCAUCUGUUUCUUGCCCCAGAUGAAACAAGACAUGGGUGGGCUGGUUGGAUCUAUCACUGUGGCCAGGUUGUUUGCAUUCCAAAGGGAGAAUUUGGUUACGGACAUCGUGACUGGGCCAGUCUUGGUCAUCUUGAAUUGUACUUUACCCUGCCAAUUACUUCCAUUGCAGCUGAAUGAGUAAUGCAGGUGGAGCAAGGAUCUUAGGAGAGGAAGGGAUGCGCAUCGAUGUGAUGUAAAAAGAGGUGCCCUCGUCUUCCUCCCUGGGGAAGAAGGUAUGGUGCACUGCCUCCCCGGCCUUGGGAAGUCAUGAGAUGCCUUGCAACAAAGAAAGGAUCUGAAUUAAAAUCUUUGCAUCUGAGCCUCUUGCUGUAAGUCACCGAGCUUCUGGAAGGUGACAGUUCAGACCUGAAUUUUCACUCUUGGGUGAUGUAUAUAUCUUUGCGGGUAGAUCAACCGCUGCACAGGGUUUUGCAAGAGUGGACAGAGCUGUUUUCCAUACAGCUGGAUCCAGCAUUUACAGGGCCUGAGCAACAAGCAAGCAUAGAUACUGCACUUGCUUUAGGAAGUUUGCAAGGUGUUAUCUCCUUGUAGUGACAGCUUACUAUCAGGAACUGUGCACUUGUUGGGUCCUGUUCUGCUCAUGUGAACUUGUCACAGCAGACUGCCAUCAGGUUUAAAGCAGAACUUUUUGUGGAACAGGCUUCACUCAAUAGGCUUUAAAACUGAUGUUGCAAUAAGGGGCCCUGGCAAUAUAAUUUUGCUGCAAUAAAGUACUGACAAAGUUC